UGUGGUUUGUGUUGAGUUGUUUGGUUUGUUUGGGGUUUUUUGGGUUUUGUGUUUGGUGUUUUUUUUCAGGUUCCUUUUGCAGGGGCCAGUGAGAACUUGAUGACGUGAACCCCGACAUUUGGACUCAAUGGAGCACUUUUGUCCUGUGCUAAAACACAUUGGCCUGGGAAAGGAAAGAAAGACGGAAAGAAGAGAGAAGGACAAAGCAAAAUAAGAUGAGAAGAGCAAGGGGGAUGAGAGAGGGUGAUGUAUCCCCCUGUAAGCAGCUGAAGCAGGGGAUCAGCCACAAGAUCCAACACUUAAUGAGCCAAACCGCACCUUGAAAAUAAAAUGUAUGCUAUACCUCUUCCUUUAUUUUGUUAGGGGGAACAUGUCUGCUUUUUGUUGUCACCUCUUUUUCCAGAGAGGAUUUUUAAUGCUGCAUUUUGAGCAUUUGCAGGAGCACGAAACCACGUGGACUCUCUCCAAAUUUGCCCCUAGAAGGACCGAACAAUGCCGUGGCCGUGGCUGUGGCUGGAUGCAGCGGGUUUGGCGUUUCCCACCAGCAGCUCUGCUCCUCUCGCCUCUGGCAGCGCCAAGACAGACCCAAAGAGCUGCUCAAAUAACACCAACCCAAAAUCAACCAGCCCCCUGCACAUCGCAAGUGAGUCACAUCCUUGAUCUCUGCUGCUGGUUAAAAGCAGGUAGGAAAUAGAGAACUAUCGAGAUAUACAUAUAUAUUAGUACAUGUCAUCACCGGCAUGCCUCUGGCACCAGGAGGAGGAACCCGCUUUCCCCAAUGGGUAAAGACCUUCAGACACCUCCCCUUCUCCCCCCAGGUCACUUCAACGUCUGGAAAGCAGCAGCUGUGGUUGGGAAGCAGCUCUCGGGGGCCGGUGCAGCCAGCAGAAGAGCAGAGCGCGACGCGGGGGACGUGACAGCCGGGGCACGGCGACGCGUGUGGGGUUUGAGCUGUGACUGCAGCCACAGGAACCACCGCUGCUGCAGGUCUCUGAGCUCGCUUUUGCUCCAGGGUGGGGACAACAGGAACCUUUAAGUCUGACUCUUAAUGCCACGAGGGCAGGGGCCGGCCGUGGCGCUGACCACCGUCUACGCCAGGCCAGAGGUGCCGCCGCGCUCGGCUCCCGGCGCCCGCGCGAAGCUUCCCGGUGGAAACGGCCCCGUCCUGAGCCAGGACAUGGAGACCCCAGCCAGCAAAUGCUCCUGGGAAACCUGCCUGGUCACCAGCAGCCGCCGGGACGUCCCGGAGUUCAAAUGCUCCUUGAAUUGCUUCCAGCUGCAGCUCAGACAGCGGCUGUGUGAGCCAGGGAGCCACAACGUCACAGGUACCGCGGGCGCCUCGGCUUGCCGGCUCUGUCCCGCCGGCUGGCAGCCGUUCGCAGCCAAGUGCUACUGGGUGUCCACAAAAACCAGCACCUGGGAGGAGGCGGCGGAGAACUGCGGGUACCAGCGAUCUCAGCUGGUGGUGCUGGAGAGCGCGGAGGAGAAGGCUUUCAUCGGGGAGAUGACCAGAACCAGCUCCGGAGCCUGGAUGGGGCUGAGCAUCGACCAGACGCGCGGGCAGGAGUGGAGCUGGUGGGACGGAUCCGCGUUACAAGCAGCCCUGUCUCCGGUGCUGGGUCCCGUCCAGGCGAAGGCUUGUGCCGCGAUUCGGGGGGGGCAGCUGCGUUCCCACAUCUGCAGCGCUCCACUGCAGUGGGUUUGCCAGAAAAAAGCCACCGAGAUUUAAGCCGGAGGAAAUGACCAGGAAAACCAGGACAAACUCAGCGCUGGGUAAUUCACCGGGACGCCAAAACACAUCCCAGAGCAGCGGUUGGGGCUCCUUGCUGAGGUCGGGGUCUCCACUUUGUAUUUCUGCCCAUUGCCUCCAGAUCCUCCAAACCCAGAUAAAACCAAACCAAAACCAAAACCAAAACCAACACACACAAUGCCGAGGACGGGAAAACCAGCGGGACUGAGCUCCGUGGGGUGGCAGCGGCAGAGUGGGGAGUUUUCCAAACCCCUCGAGUGUCCCCGAGUGUCCCCGCAGCUGCAAACGCUGGAAAGACACUUGUGGUCAAACCCGAGUGAGGAUUCUUUGGUCUCAGCUUUGUGUCAGCGUUGUGAGGCGUUUCUGCUUUUGUAACCUAAAACCAAAAUGAAUUUGCACCAUUGCUAACAUGUCGCGGAGGGUUAAUAGCAGCUUGUGGUUGAUCCCCUCUGCCGAGGGGGAAAUUUCAGGUGAAAUUGGGGAGGGUUUCUGAAUCGUUCUGAAUGGCGCUGGGCCGGUUUUGCCGGUGGCUGCAGACAGAGAAUUUCGUCUGGGAGCACCAGUCGCUGCUGACCCCGUCCUGGUUGAUAUAGGCACAUUGUCCCUUUCCCCGGACAUCAAACCUGCAUCAGAGAGCAAAAGGAAAACUCAGUGGUGUUGCUGUUGGCCUCAGGUCGGCGGCUGAGCAUCUUCCAGGCGGGAAACAGCGCCGCAGGGAGCAGGAACACCUUCCCAGCACAAAAAAUGCCCCACGAGAACAAAACCCACGUCCCCUCCACAAAGGAGGGAAUAGUGUCGGUUGUGUGACCCCGGGAGGGUUCAUCCCUCAACCCCUGCCAGCAUCUGCAUCCUACGGACCCACAGACUCUGGUCCAAGUGCUUCAGCUCAAGCAAGAAAAGUCGUGCUUAAUUGCUCUCAACAGCUGGACCCUGUGGGUACAGCAGGAGCAAGUCCCGUGGUUGCCGGGACGAGAUUCAGCUCCGAUUGCGGUUCUGCUGCUGAUGUGAUGACUAAAGACCUCGAAAAACUGGUUUUUUUCCAUGUUGUAAUGCACUGCUCCAAGGAAUGAGGCCAGAUACGGGCACGAGCAGCAGUAACAUGAUUCAGUAAAACAUUGUACAUAUUUAUCGAGCCAAGAAUUAGGCUCAAGGCCAAACCUCUUUCCUUCAGGUUUUUACCCAGCUCGUGCUCCGUAAUUCACCGCUUGGUCCCAGGGAAGGCCGGGGGGGGCAAAUGUCUGGAAGCCCCAAAUUUCAGCUCUCAGCUCCCUUACAACCCACUCCAAGCUUUUCAGCCCACGGCGCGGUGCCCCAGCAGCAGGUGGGGCGGGUUGGGCUCCCUUGGAUUGUCCUGCCCAGGUGGCAACGGGUGGGCGUCUCUUGUCUCCGGCCACAAAUAGAAACACAGGGGAAUACUCGGCUUCAGAGUGGCCUCCGAGUGGAAAUAAAGACCAGAGGAAAUGCUGCGACAGCAUCAAAACAAAGCAGGUCGGCUCAAAGACAAUUGAACUGCAGGAUUUAAAGCUACUGACCUUCCCCUGCUCCCUCCGGCCCCAGCGGGAGCUGCAGGCGGUGCCGCUGUGUCCUCCGCCCAGGGGAAAAGAGGGGAUGGAGCCAGAGAUGGAUCUUCCCCCUUCGCAGCUUUUUCCUUCCCCCAGCUCCUCCUCACCGACCUUAGUAAAUACGCUCACACUCAUUUUCUGGAUUAAACCAGCGGCUGCCAUAAAUUCCAGCAGGAAAAGAAACCGCAGGGGAGCGUGGGCAGCGGGGACGGCAUCAGCUCAAAAACAUCCCCGCACGCAGCUCUCGCUGCCCGUCGUCAGCAUUUCUGUACCCACCAGCCAGGAGAGCGACACGGGGGAUUUCCAGGCGACAGAUCCCACCUGCCCUCCCUACACAUGAAUAUCUGCCGGUUCCCCCCCCAAGGCCUCUUCCCCUUGUGAAGUACAUGGUUUCGUUCCACAGUCAGCAUGAAGAAUGGCCGGCAAACACGUCACCAAACCACUGCUGGUGCCAAAGGCAGCAAACACAACUAUUUAUAGGCUCGGCAGUGGGAUGGUGAUACCAAAUUUCCCCCACCCACAUCAGAAUUGCAGAGAAAUCAUCAAGAAAGCACAAGUGGUGCUGGGGAGGGGGGUUGUACCUGAUAAAGAUGCUGGUUUCUCUUC